AUGAAGGUAGUCUUUAUACUAGCUGUGGCUAUUGUGGCCAUCAAUUUGGAUGUAAGUUUUGCGGCUUCAACUACUGGUGGAUCAGGCACCGGAACAACUGGAACCGGUACUGGAACAGGCACAGGAACAGGUACUGGAACUGGUACUGGAACUGGCACUGAAACAACUACAACCACCACAACAACGACAACAGAGGCACCCACAACAACAACAACCACAACUGUAAAGACACCAACAACUAAGAAACGUGUACAUCGUCGCAAGCGUCGCAUAAUCAUUAUCCGUAAGAUUCACCGUAAACGUGAAGCCGCCAAACGAGGUUAA